AUGAGCCAGGAUGCAGAAGGAGGCUAUACAAUGUCUCCCAUUCGCAGGGUUACCUCAUCGGUAGCCUGGGGCUGGUAUGCCAUCUCACUCAGCUGGGGUGGGAUAGCGGUACUGCUGCACCAGACCCCAAACCAGUUCACCGGCCUCACGACCAUCGGAACCAUCGUCUUCAUCGCCAACCUCGUUAUCUACACCACAGUUACCCUCUGUCUCCUAUUCGAGGCUGUCCGACCACAGAAGGCUCACAAGCCCCUGGAAGAAUCGCCCAGUUUCGCCGCCCGGUGGCUGCAUAUCAAGAAGCCCCAGGACCUGUACUUUGUUCCUGUUUCGCUGCUCGCCUUCGCGACCAUCAUCUUCUGCACCUCCUACUAUGGCACCCCGCAUUGUGGCCGCUGGUUAAUCCUCACCCUGAACGUCUUCUUCUGGGUCUACACUGGCGUCUCGCUGUUGCUUUCCAUUCUCCUGGGCUGGUGGAUCCCGUACACAGGCACAAACCAUGGUGACCACUUCGCCAUUGUGAACAUCCUACCCUACUUUCCACCCAUGCUCAGUGGCACCAUGGCCGGCGUGUUAGCCCCGAACCAGGCCCCCACUCAGGCGGUGCCCAUGCUUGUAGGCGGCACCACCAUGCAAGGAUUUGGAUUCCUCAUGUUCCUGGUCGUUCUGGUGCAGAGCCUGACGGAGAUGUCCAGCGAGGGUCUCCCGGUGCCAAAUUUCCGACCAGAGAUGUUCAUCGCAGUGGGCCCGCCCAGUUUCACAAUCAUCGCCAUGAUCAGCAUGGCGGACGCUGCGGUGGAAAAGCUCCCAACCCAAUAUAUCAGCGCCGCAACAAGUGUGCGUACCGCAGAUGUCCUGCUCAUUGUUGCUGUGGCCGCGUCGGUAUUUUUAUGGAUCUUGGCCUUCUUUCUCUUCUGCAUGGCGGCACUAAGCAUGCUGGAGGCUCUCUGGCACCACACCAUUCGCUUCGAGCUCAUCUGGUGGUGCAUGGUCUUUCCCAUCACUGGCUUCGUUCUGGCGACGAUCGACUUGGGGGAGUAUCUAGCUUCACCGGCGAUCGAGUGGGUCGGGACGGGGAUGACCAUCUUUCAGGUGUGUUUAUGGUUGACGAUCACGGCCUGCCAACUAUUCAAAUGGAUGUACAAAAGGGAGUUCUAGCUUACUCUUGCGGCAUAUACCCUAGCGGAUUGGUUAUUACCCACUAGAGAAUAGAUAGAAAGU